AUGAACAACACUGCUGAUGACACGUUCCCCGUGUAUAUUGAUCCAUCAGCGAAGGCGUGGCCAACUGUAGAUCUGAAUUGGCUUGCGAUACGUGACAGGUAUAUGCGCACAUCAUUUUGUCGCCCACUCAAGUGGUAUCGGCUUUCUGAACAGGCUGAAGUCGAUAAUGCUCUUCCAAUCUGGGAUAUCUUACAAGGCCUUACUUCGAAAACACACCCGGACAUUUCCCCUGCGUAUCACGCAUUUUCUGAAAUCUGUGAUAUAGCGCUCUCUCCGGAUAUUCGGAGUGGCUUGGCAGUAGAUUGCCCUCAGCUCUCUUUCUUGCAUGAUAUAGUGGCCGCAAAAAUGAAACAUGCUGUUCGCGAUUCAGCCCUACUAUUGAAGCAUCAAAACUUGUUCAACUUUUUGUUCGCGAUUUCACCUGAAAAUGAGAGGAUGUCCAUGCACAAAGCAGAACUACAAGUUGCUCAAAUUGUUAUGAUGUUAUUCGAUCAAAUUAGCAGGGAGAAAUCGCCACAUAUGCUCGUCGACAUGCCCUGUGCAAGGAAUGAUGCUCUUCGUGGAUACAUGAUUUCGUUCGGUAGGCGAUUAAGCCUUUCCCAGCACGGAUUGGCGCUGCUCAGUCAGGAUCCUGGAAUAACACAAAUCUUCGAUGAUAUUUUAGUGUUCAUAAACCGUAAACUGGUGGAGGAAAUGUCUUCGUUCAGCACAUCUGAUACUGCAGGCAUUCCAACUUUGCUCUUCUACACUUCGGCGUUAUAUGCCGAAGAAUGUCGUCUGAUAAUCAGUCAUUUCCCAAAGUCGGCAUCUUCAUUUGAUUCACUACUACGCGCACUCUUCCAAUACAGGGCUCUGACCAUUGAUAAGGGAUCGAGAGACGAGGAACUAGAAAGACAACUCUCGUCGCCGGUCAUUCAAGGAUCUGCCUACCACGAAGUUCCGUUUUCCAAGAAAUGGUGGUCAUGCCUUGACGAUUUUCGACAUAUACCUUUUGACAUCCCUGAUUCGGAAUCGGAGACCAGUAUUGCCUAG